CCCUUUUAGAGGUGCCGCUAAUACAAAUGUUCCAUCCAACAGACACGCGCAGCAAAAUGUUCCGCCAAGCUGUUCGAAUUUUCGAAUCAAGCAUCGUUAUCUUCUAUAACGCUCUCUCCCUAUAGCAUUUAGUUAAUCAGUUUUAGUUGAAAGCUUCGGUUAAGCAGUCGCCAUGAGCUCGCAGCACAUCAAUUUCUAUGCCCAGCAGCUGAACAUACGUCAGGUUAUAGAGCAGCAGCAAACCCAUUUACAAGAUUACGACGAGGCGCUGAACAUCUGCGAUUUGUCCAGCGUGCAGCGCAAGCAUCAGCUGUGGCAGCAACACUUGCCACGUGUUAAGCCCUUCUAUGCCGUCAAGUGUAAUGACGAUGAGCUGAUUAUAAAAACGCUGGCCGCCUUGGGCGUGGGCUUUGAUUGCGCCUCCAAGAAUGAACUCAAGCAGGUACUCAAUUGUGGCGUCGAGCCCGAUCGCAUUAUCUUUGCCAAUCCCUGCCGUCCCAUUAGCCACUUGCAGUAUGCCCAAGCGCAUCAUGUGGUCAAGGGCACUGUUGACAAUGAGUUUGAGAUUUAUAAGCUACACAAACAUUAUCCCAACUCCAAUCUGAUUGUGCGCUUCAAGUCGGAGGCAAAGAAGGCGCAGUGCCCACUUGGUGAUAAGUUCGGUUGUGAUGCGGACAUUGAUGCCUCGGCGCUGAUGUUGCUAGCCAAGGCGCUCGACUUGACGGUGACUGGCACCAGUUUCCACGUGGGCUCCGGCUGCAGUGAACUCGAGGCCUACGAGCGCGCCAUUAAAAAAGCCAAAAAUAUUUUUAAAUUUGGGGAGCUGCUGCACUAUGACCUUCGACUUCUGGAUAUUGGUGGUGGCUUUCCAGGCAGCAAUGAUGAGCAGUUUGAGAAGAUAGCUGGCAGUGUUAAUAAAGCAUUGCAACGUCACUUUCCAAAUGAAAAUAUCGAAAUUAUAGCCGAGCCGGGACGCUUCUUUGUAGCUGCUGCCUAUACACUAGUCUGCAAGAUUCAUGCCAAGCGUGAGGUGCGAAACUCGGCGGGUAAACUCGAUACGGUCAUGUACUAUUUGAACGAUGGCGUAUAUGGUUCAUUCAAUUGCAUUUUAUAUGAUCAUCAAUUGGUAACAGCAGAGCAUUACUUGGAAUGCGAGAACCUGCCCACUUUUAAGAGUCUGAUCUGGGGUCCCAGCUGCGAUGCUUUGGAUAAGAUAUCCGAAAACUUGCGUUUACCCAACUUGAACCGCGGCGAUCUUUUAGGAUUUUCCAAUAUGGGUGCUUAUACGGUGCCCAUUGCAAGCGCCUUUAAUGGUUUCCCCUUGCCCAAAACUCUUUACUUUCAAGCCAUGUGACUAAAUGUAAUAAAGUCUGUUCA